UUCAUUUAAAUAUAAAUUAUAUCAAAUCACGAUGGUGUUAAAUAGCAAAUUGCCCGUAUUAAGACGACUGUUACAAAGUAGCAGGCAGUUCCACAGUUCGAGGAUUAAGAAAUCAUACGAAGGUACGGGUAAAACGACGAUAGAUAUUAUUAACAAGAAAGAUGAAGACGAACAGUCACAAGGAGGUUUAUUAAUAAACAAAUGUUUACCGAUAGGAUUUAAGUUGAGCGAUAAAUCAUUAAUAAUGGGACCCAUGGCGAUUUUCCCAAGAAGUGUCUUGUCGUGGAAUGUCUGCACUGCUAAGGAUAUAAACGAAGAGACCUUAUCUCUGUUCAUUAACUUGUAUCCAACACUGGAUCUCUUAAUCUUAGGUUUAGAAACUAAGUACGAGCAUAGUAAAAUUACAGAGAUGAGAAAGAUCCUGACGAAGCAUAAUAUCAGAGUUGAAAUACUCCCAGUGUAUCAAGCCUGCGGUGUUUAUAACUUUUUAACGAACGAAGGGAGAUACAUCGGUGCAGGUUUAAUACCUCCUCUAGUCGAAGAUUCUUUAUUAUUAAAAUUACAUAAAAAACCAGUUGAAGAGAAAAAACAGAUAGAGGAAAAAUAAUAAAUUAUAGAAAUCAUUUAUAAUGUUAAGAGACUAGCUUUCUAUUUAAUUUGUAUAUAUGUACAAAUAAAGAUUAAAACCUGACCAAUAUAA